AUGGCAACCAACGGCACUUCGCACGACACCUUCUUGAUCUGGGGUGGAAGGGGAUGGAUUGCCCAACACCUUGAGACGUUGCUCAAGGGCCAGGGCAAGACUGUCUACACCACGACUGUGCGCAUGGAAGACCGCGAGGCAGUCAAGGCCGAGCUCGAGAAGGUCAAGCCCACCCACGUCCUGAACUGCGCUGGCUGCACUGGACGACCGAAUGUCGACUGGUGUGAGGACAACAAGGAGGCGACGAUGCGAUCCAAUGCCGUUGGAACCUUGAAUCUGACCGAUCUCUGCUUCCUGGCCGGCAUUCACGUUACCGUCUUCGCCACUGGCUGUAUCUACCACUACGACGAUACCCACCCUAUUGGUGGCCCAGGUUACACCGAGACCGACCUUGCCAACUUCAAGGGCAGCUUCUACUCAGAGGUCAAGGGCCACGUCGAGGAGAUUAUGAAGUACUACACAAACUGCUUGAUUCUGCGCUUGCGAAUGCCUGUCUCGGAUGAUCUGCACUCGCGGAGCUUUGUCACCAAGAUCGCCAAGUACGAGCGGGUGGUCGAUAUUCCCAACAGCAACACCAUCUUGACGGACCUUCUGCCGGCGUCCAUCCUCAUGGCCGAGCACAAGGACACUGGUGUCUACAACUUCACCAACCCGGGGGCUAUCAGCCACAACGAAGUGUUAUCCCUAUUCAAGGAGAUCGUCCGACCUGACUUCACUUGGAAGAACUUCACAGUCGAGGAGCAAUCCAAGGUCAUCAAGGCUGGUCGCAGCAACUGCUUGCUCGAUACUACGAAGCUUGAGAAGAAGCUCAAGGAGUACAACUACACCGUGCCGGAAGUCCACAUUGCCUACAGGCAAUGCUUUGAGAGAAUGAAGGCCAAUGGUACUAAAUAA